AUGCCAACUGAUCUCGUGGGACAACUUCCUAGCAACUGCAGAACUCAAAGUGCACCAACCGUCGCCUCUCCGUCCACCUAUUCCUGGCCUCCUAUGCCGUCAACUAACUCUGAACCUCCUCCCGAGCCAUCAAUUCCAAAGUCCUCCUCCUCCUCCCUCACUGCCUCAACAUCUGUCGCUGUGGCGUCUGUCACGCACAUUAGCAUUGCACAUGAUCUUGACGCACCAACAAACACCAACACCACCACCGUCGACAUCAGUGAAGAGGAUCCGGUCUAUACCUGUCCUCAUUGCGACCGCAGCUUCAUCUCAAACGUCGGCCCGGUCGGUCACUUCCGAAUCCAUCGCACAGAGACUGGCGAACCGGUGCCUGGAGCACCAGCCUACACCUUCCGCAUUCGCCACUACCGUCCACAUUACAUUAACACACGCAUUCAUCGCAUGGGCCCAUUCGAUCACUUGCGUAUCCACGAGAGCGGAAUUGACCGCAAUCUGGACGCACCUAUCACAUCCAGCAAACCCACCAUACCUAGGCCAACCCUCACUCCUCCGCCCUGCGUGCCUACCGCCACCGGUUCAACCAAAAUCCCCCUCCCACCACAACCACCACCACCACCACCACCACCACCACCACCGUAA